AUGAAUUUACUUUUAGAAGGAGUCUUGGCGUUCUGUCUACUUCCGACACUUGCCUUUGUUCCAUCCUCAUUGACAACGACUACCGGUAGAUCCAAUCAUCCUUCUUGUCAUCCUUUGAACGAUAAGUGCUGGCAGCAUUUGCAAAAGCUAGAUUCCAAUACUGUUCCAGGAUUCCGAAUAAACAACAGCAACAGCAACAACAACAACAACAUGAGAGAAACUUCCAUAUGCUACAUGGCCCGAAAUACCGAUACAACGAAACGAAAACGACCCGCUACCAAGACAAAGAAACGAGGCCGAAAAGGACUCACCAAGUGGGAUAUCAUGAUACCUCGUUUGGAAGCAUUCAACAAAGCAAAUGGGCACUCUUUGGUUACCGACAAGGACGACGACAUAGAGCUAUACAAGUGGACUCGUCAGCUACGCUACAAUUUCAUUCACCAGAUUCGCAAUACCACAACACCUGUUGGCCGAAGGUACAGACGGUUUCUUUCCAACGAACAACUGGAACGAUUGGAGAGCCUCGAUUUUGUUUGGGAAACUCAACCCAAAAAGAAGGCUAGUCAACAUGCCAGCUGGGACCAUAUGAUUGGACGGUUGGAACGAUUUCAACAGAAACACGGGCAUACCAAAGUCACCAAUGAGGACGACUCGAAACUAUUCAACUGGUGCAAAUACAUUCGCUAUUCGUAUGGCCACCAAAUAGAAAGCAGCUUGACGAACAGCACUCGCACCACCCUUCCCCGACUAGCCAAAGGAAAAUUGAAGCAGUUGCAAGAAAUAGGCUUUGAUUGGGGGACUAGACGGAAAGUUCGCCAAUGGGAUGUCAUGUUUCCCAGAUUGACAUCAUUUCAUGUAGCCCACGGUCAUGUCAACGUCACGCCAACAGAUGAUUUGGAAUUGUAUCAAUGGGUGAAUCGAAUGCGCUACAAUUAUCAGCACCAAGCAUUAAAUAUUACGACUACAGCACGGCGUCCACGUUUGGCGAAAGCGAAGCUAGCUACUUUGAAUGAAAUGGGAUUCAUCUGGCAGUCAAACUCUACAUCGCCUGAAAAACCUAAGGCGACUUGGGAGGAUCGCUAUCAAGAACUAUGCGAUUUUAAAAAGAAGCACGGUCACUGUUAUGUCUCGAGUACGGAAAACAAACCGCUGUAUGUAUUUUGCAACAAGCAACGAGAAGAAUUUCGAAAGUAUAAGGUUGGCAACUUCACCAGUAUGACAGAGAAGCGCAUCAGACUCUUGUCCAAGAUUCAGUUUGAAUGGAUCAAGCCUCACGAUCGCACAUGGGAAGAACGUCGUGCCGAGUUGGAAGAUUAUUGGCAGCGAACGGGAGAUCCCCAUGUUCCUCAAGAUUACAAUUCGAACUUUCAGCUUGGUCAAUGGUGCAUGAACCAACGAUCCUUCCAUCGAAUGAACAAGAACGGAGACCAGACUGGACUGACAUCCGAGCGAGUUCGCAAAUUGGAAAAAUUAGAGUUCCCAUGGAGUUAUCGCCGUCUACGUUGGUAUUCCAUGUUUCAACGUCUGAAGAAGUAUGCUGAAGAACAUGGAGAUUUGGAAAUCUCCACCAAGGAUGUUGACAAUAGAGACCUGCGACAAUGGAUCAACGAGCAACGCUUCUUUUAUCGAACCGGGCAAACUAACCGGAUGACAGAGGAACGGAAAGAAUUGUUGGACAGUAUUCCCAGCUUUUCUUGGGAACGCAAACGUGCGACGGGUCCAUCCAAACACGAGUGGAACAAAUUGUUUGUGGCCAUUAAAGAAAAGGGUAUUUCACCAGAGGGCAAGGCCAAGCAGCAUUGGUUUGAUGGUCAAAAUCGAUUCGAGCAAGAAGUCAAGACUCAAUACAACGAGGACGAACUGAUGGCAUUGUGGAAUGAGGAGACGGAGGAUGAUGAAGCGGAAGACGAGGACGGGGACGAAUUUUAUGAAGACGAAGACAGCACAUUGUUUUUGCGUGCCUAA